CGCGGACACCGGCCUGCUGCUCGCGCCGGAGAAAACAAACUGCGUGGAUGCGCUGCGCGCUCAAAGCAUGCGGCUUAAACGCGUGCGGACUUGCUUUCUUCGGCGUCGGAGUACAUUUAUCAGCAAUAAAGGUUGGUGUGUGAGUGUGUGACCAGCAUGUCAAAGAGCACUCCUCACAGGCGUGGGAUCACGUUCGAGGUGGGAGCGCAGCUGGAGGCCAGGGACAGUCUGAAGAACUGGUAUGCAGCUAGCAUUGAGAAGAUCGACUAUGAAGACGAGAAGGUUUUGAUUCACUACAGGCAGUGGAGUCAUCGUUAUGAUGAAUGGUUUGACUGGAGCAGUCCGUACCUCAGACCUGUGGAACGAAUCCAGCUGAGGAAACAAGGUCUCCGUGAACGGCAGAGCGCUCCAGGCUUUCAUGUCAACCAGAAAGUCCUUGCCAGCUGGUCAGACUGUCGGUACUACCCUGCUAAGAUCAUGUCCCGGGAUAAAGAUGGUUUCUACACAGUGAAGUUUUUUGAUGGAGUCAUAAAGACAGUGAAGGGGAUUAAGGUGAAGCCGUUCCGCAAGGAGAGCUCUAAUGGCAAGACCAAUCAGCAGACUCAAAAGCGGGGCAAUCAGAAUGGGAAAAAAUGGAAGGCCAAGGAGAAUGGCAGCAGCAGAAGUAACGGCUCGAGACACAGCAUGUCUGACCAGGAUGGGGAGAGCGAAUCGGAGGAGGAUGAAGAAGACGCUACAGUGAUUGACGAGUCCAGAAAUCUCCAGAACGGUGGAGAGAGCGAAAGCACAGCAGCUCAGAUAUUGAACGAGUCCGAGCCGAGUUCUGCGGAGCACAACGAAACACAGCCCAGUGAAGAAAACAAGACAGAACCGCUUGAGAAUGGAGAAGCGAACAAACCAGAGGAGAAAGAGAUGAAUGGAGGACAGGAGGAGUCCCAAGCACUUCAAAAUGGCGUUGACGGGAAUGACGGAGACCAGAAAGAGAAGGAAAACGCAACAGAUGAAAGCCCCAGUCUGCCCAGAAGGACACGGAGUAAGGUGACAGAUGGAAAGGAUGUGGAAAAGUCCAACGGUCCAGAACUGAGGAAGAGACGUGCAUCAACAGGACAGAUGCCACCGACCAAAAGGAGCAGAGCCAAUUCAAGCACAGACAGAAACAGUCGAUCCCAAAUCAAAGCGGACUCUGUCCCGGAGACUUCAGAAAGUAAGGAUGGCUCAACCAGUCCUGCAGAAAAUGCAGCACCCAAAGAGGAGGCAGGAUCCACACCUGAUCUCGCUGCAGCAGUCAAACAGCCGCAAACAAUCCACCUUCCAACCACAAACAAGUAUAGCAGAGAACCAUUGUACAGGGUCAUCAAAAACCAGCCGCCCCCUAUCCUGUCCAUUGAGCUGGACCACAACCCGUUCAAAUGCAAAAUCGCAGGCUGUCUCAAGUCUUUCCGCAAGGCGUCUCUGCUGCACUACCACAUGAAGUACUAUCACGCACAGAGCGACCCAAGCCCCCCUCGCUGCGUCCAGACGCGCUCCUCAGACAAACAGAACAGCCAGGAGACCCCUCGCAGGCGCCGGACCGUCUCGUCUUCCCACUAUACUCCCUCUCCUCUGAGUGACAGUAAGUCAGGUCACGCUCUGUCGCCCCCUGCGGUUGGCAGCAUGCACCGGCAGCGCUCGGCCACGCUGGGCGCAGAGAGGAGCAAAGAGAACCAACACUUCAACCGCUCGCUGCAUGACGACAGAGACUGGGUUGCCAAGGAAACAGGAGCGAAAGAACGGGAAAGGCUGAGGGAGAAGCGGCAGAGGGAUUUCUUCCGCAUCAAACUGAAGAAAAAGAAGAAGAAAAGGAAGUCGAAGUCAGGUGAGAUGGUUCUGCAAACUUUCUCUAACGAGUCUGACGCUGAGCUGGAUCUGAACAUGCCCCUCUCAGAGCAGGGUGUGGAAACGGUCACUCAUGGCUCUGAGAUCGUACGCUGUAUUUGUGAAGUGCAGGAGGAGAACGACUUCAUGAUACAGUGUGAUGAGUGUUUGUGCUGGCAGCAUGGGACGUGUAUGGGACUGUAUGAGGACAGUGUUCCAGACAGCUACAGCUGCUACAUCUGCAGAGACCCACCAGCCCAGAGGCAGAGUCAAAGGUACUGGUAUGAUAAAGACUGGCUGAGCAGCGGUCACAUGUAUGGCUUGUCUUUCCUGGAGGAGAACUACUCCCACCAGAACAGUAAGAAAGUGGCAACUGCCCAUCAGCUCCUGGGGGACGUCCACCGUGUGUUUGAGGUCCUGAAUGGCCUUCAGCUGAAGAUGAGCAUCUUACAGACACAAGCCCAUCCAGACCUGAAGUUCUGGCGGCAGCCCUGGAAGUCUGCAGACGGCCUACGGAGGAAGACUGCAGGUGACUCGGGCAUUGCUACUCCCUUCCCCUCCUCACCCCCUGAAAUUGGAGCAAAUGAGUUUGAGACAUUGAAGAGCGAAGUCCCAUCGCCUGUGGAGACGCAUUGCUCUUUCCAGGACUCAUACAUUAGCAGCGAGCACUGCUACCAGAAGCCCUGUACAUACUACCCGGCGAUGGAGAGAAGACUUGUGGUGGAGACGCGGUGCGGUUCUGAGCUGGAGGACAGUCUUAGGAGCACCGAAGACCUACUAGAGAUGGCCGAGCAGAGGUACGGCACGCAGCUGGACCACGAACAGCACAAACUUCAGCUAGCUGACCGCUCCUUUAGUAAGGAGCUGGAGUGCCGUAUGAAACGACUGGUUUCCGCAGAGCAGGAAAAGAGUUGUGUGGUAGAAGUCAAGGAAGAGGAGCCUGACCCAAAGCCUGACCCUGACCUUGUGCUGCACCAGCAGUGGCAGCUGAACCUGCUGGAGCACAUUGAAGCAGUGCAGGACCAGGUGACGCACAGAAUGGACCUUAUCGAGCGAGAACUAGACGUGCUGGAGAGUUGGCUAGACUACACGGGUGAACUGGAACCUCCAGAUCCUCUUGCGCGCCUCCCUCAACUGAAACAUCGCAUCAAACAGCUCCUGACUGACCUGGGAACAGUCCAGCAGAUCGCACUCUGCUCCUCAUCCUCUUGAAGGCGCCAGAGAACAUGCAAACAGUUCACACUCAAAUGAAUGCACACAGAGUUCCUUAAAACUGCUGAAAUACUUACAUGUGCCUGUGUUUUGAGAGGAAACCCCUAAAUGAUUCAAGCUAAUGUCAGUGUGACAGUUUCUGUGGCACAUGCGUGUUGGAUUGAUGGGUCUAGUCAGCAGUUUAACAGUAGUCACCGGUUAGAAAAGACUGAUGGAAAUUGAGGCUAACGAUACCUGAUGCAAACAACAGGUUUUUUUUUGUGUGUGUGGAAUAUAAUGCUUCAUUGUAGCACUUAGCUAUGUCUAUCAUAGACUUAGGAGGUAUUUUGUUAUUGUUUUUUUCCAUGUAAUUUUCACUGUAUUAUUCACAUGCUAAAUAAUAGUUUUAUGUUAAUUCAUAAGUGUUUAAUAAGUGAUCAUUGUGGA